AAUGGGUAAAGAAAAAAUUCACAUAAAUAUCGUCGUUAUUGGUCAUGUCGAUUCGGGAAAAUCAACCUCAACUGGUCAUUUGAUUUACAAAUGUGGUGGUAUUGACAAACGAACCAUUGAAAAAUUCGAAAAAGAAGCAGCUGAAAUGGGCAAAGGUUCAUUCAAAUAUGCUUGGGUAUUAGACAAAUUGAAAGCCGAACGAGAACGUGGUAUUACCAUCGAUAUUUCAUUGUGGAAAUUUGAAACACAAAAGUUUUACAUAACAAUCAUUGAUGCUCCCGGACAUCGAGAUUUUAUUAAAAACAUGAUUACAGGAACAUCUCAAGCCGAUUGUGCUGUUUUGGUUGUCGCUGCUGGAACUGGUGAAUUUGAAGCUGGUAUUAGCAAAAAUGGUCAAACACGUGAACACGCAUUGCUAGCCUAUACGCUAGGUGUGAAACAAAUGAUUGUUGCCGUCAAUAAAAUGGACACAACUGAGCCACCGUACAGUGAAAAACGUUUCGAUGAAAUAAAAACAGAAGUAUCGACUUAUAUCAAAAAAAUCGGUUAUAAUUCAGCUGCUGUUCCAUUUGUACCAAUCAGUGGCUGGCAUGGGGAUAAUAUGUUAGAAGCAUCGGAGAAAAUGACAUGGUUCAAAGGAUGGAAUAUCGAACGUAAAGAGGGCAAUGCCACUGGCAAAACAUUAUUGGAAGCAUUGGACGCUGUUGUCCCACCAGCAAGACCAACGGAUAAGCCGUUACGUUUACCAUUACAAGAUGUGUACAAAAUCGGUGGUAUUGGAACAGUACCCGUUGGACGAGUUGAAACUGGUUUAUUGAAACCAAACAUGGUCGUCAACUUUGCACCAUCUAGUUUACAAACUGAAGUCAAAUCAAUCGAAAUGCAUCAUGAAGCAUUAGAAGGUACUCUACUCGAUUCACGAAGAAAUACGGACAAAGAAAAGUUGAUGCAUUUGUCUAGUGAAUCCGGUAAAGGAAUGUUUACUGACAGUUGUCUUUUUUCUCCCUUUUUAGAAGCCGGACCUGGUGACAAUGUCGGCUUUAAUGUUAAAAACGUCAGUGUUAAAGAACUACGUCGUGGAUUUGUUUGUUCAGAUAUCAAAAAUGAUCCAGCACAAGAAGCAACAAGUUUCGUCGCCCAAGUAAGUUUCUGUAGAUAAGAAAGACAGAAAGGGAGCUUUCUGUUGUUUUUAUAAUAGUGAUAUCUGAGCUGAACCAGAUUGUAUUGUUUAACGUUCCACUACACAGUCUUUUACUUUGACACGACCGACAUAGACUUUCCAGAUUGCUAAGAGAAUGGGAGAUAAUUUUUGUUCUGUGUACAUGUCAUUAUUUGUGGCUAGAAUAGUCAUGUUGGGCU